AUGUUGUCUCGCGCAAUUCGAUCAUCUCCUAAGCUCCCGGUUACUCGCUCAAUCGUUCGUACUAGACACUUUUCGUCUCUCGAUCUCGUCCCCAAUGAACCAGCUGGACCUUCGGUCAUAACAGACAAAGUACCAGGUCCAGAAGGUAUCGCCGCUAGCAAGGAGAUCGAUACAUUUCAGGAUUCAAGAACACAUGUAAUCGUACCAAACUAUGAGGAAUCAAAUGGAAAUUACCUUAUCGAUGCGGAUGGCAAUGUACUCUUGGACGUAUUUGCUCAGAUCUCCUCCAUCGCAUUAGGUUAUAAUGUACCAGCUCUUCUUGAGCUUGCUAAAACAGAUGAAUUCGCCAAAGCUGCUAUGAAUAGACCCGCACUAGGCUCUUUCCCUCCUGUACAAUGGGCUGAGUGGCUCAAGACUGGUCUGCUGACUGUAACACCGAAAGGUUUGGAUCAACUUAUCACUACCUUGUGUGGAUCCAGUGCAAAUGAAACUGCUUUUAAAUGUUCUUUUAUGGCUUAUAGACAAAGAGAACGAGGAGGUCCCGAGGUCGCUUUCACCAAAGAGGAAAUGGAUUCAUGUAUGCUCAAUCAGACACCUGGCGCUCCUCAGCUCUCGGUGCUCUCUUUUAAAUCUGGAUUCCACGGUAGACUGUUCGGCAGUUUGAGUGCUACUAGGAGUAAAGCCAUACAUAAGGUCGAUAUACCUGCUUUUGACUGGCCAGCUGCUCCAUUCCCUGAAUUGAAAUAUCCCCUUGACGAACACGUGAAGGAAAAUGAAGCUGAGGAGAAAAGGUGUUUGGAGGAAUACGAGAAGAUUCUGGUCGAGAGUAAAAUAACCCGGCCUGUUGCAGCAGUCAUCAUUGAACCUAUCCUUUCCGAAGGGGGUGAUCGACAUGCUUCUAACGAUUUCUUCCGACAACUCCGACUAAUAGCUAAGAAGCACGAUGCGUAUUUCAUCGUUGAUGAAGUACAAACUGGUGUUGGCGCUACUGGUACUUUCUGGGCACAUGAGAAAUGGGGAUUGAAGCAAGGUGAAGAACCUGAUUUCGUUACUUUCUCGAAGAAAAUGCAAGCUGCCGGUGUCUAUCACAAAAAGGAAACCAGACCAAACGCUCCUUAUCGAAAUUAUAAUACAUGGAUGGGUGAUCCAAUUCGAGCAUUACAAGCAAGAGAAAUGAUCAAGUUAAUCAAACAACAUGAUCUUGUCUCUCAUACUGCUGCAACUGGCUCAUCAUUAGCAUCGUCAUUUAAGUCCGUCUUUUCAUCUUCCGUUGCCUCUGGGAAAGUGAUGAAUCUCAGAGGUGAAGGAGACGGUACAUAUUUAGCAUGGGAUAUGGCUUCACCUUCACUAAGAGAUUCCUUUGUGGGCAAAAUGAGAGUCAACGGUAUACAAAUUGGUGGAUGUGGUGAUCAAACUGUUAGACUGAGACCAAUGUUAACUUUCGGUGAGAAACAUGCUGAAAUAUUAGUGUCCACCACGGAGAAAGUACUCAGAGAGCUAUGA